CGGAGCCCUGUGUAAAUAAAUAGCACUAAAACCUGUUUAUAUAUUUACACAGCCAGUCUGAUACUUCUUUAAUUUAUUUGUAUAGUUCUAUGUUUAUAUAGUGGUUGGUGAUGGUGAGUGUAAGGCAAAGCAAUAGCUAACCCAAGGUGUGCUGGUUAUAUCUUCCGAUGCGUUAAUCAGUGUAGAUGCCACAGAUUCCUCUCCCAACGCAAUCGAUGUGAACACAGACACUGCUGAUGGUCUUCCAAAUGAACGUCAACUCCACAAUAACAGUAAGACAUCACCUGACACUAUGGCCGCAACUAUAGAUAAUAGUAAUACCUUACGUGAUAAAAACGUGCCAAACAGUGACAUAGAAUCCUACCAGGGGGCUUUAGACGCAAGUCAAGUCACUGAAAAUACUGCAAUUGACGAAAACAACAUGUACAGUGAUAUAAAGUCGUUGCAAGAAACAACGGGUGCAGUAUCAGAUAGUGAUAGGCGAACAGCAACUGAAUACGGAGCACAACAAGAGGGCGCUGAACUCAGUCAGCCUAACGCCAAUGAUGUCUUUGCCAGCGGGUUUAUUCAGUCGUUUGCAUCUGCAUCAGUAGGCGACAAUGACACGGAUUCGGGUCUGUAUUACGACCGAGAGUGGCCGUCCAAGGAUGAAAGUAGUUCGACUUCAGUUGGCAACACUACCAACGGAAAGUCACAGUCAAACGUCGGUAAAGAGCAGCAGAGAUCGUCUGUGGCACCUACUAGCCAGUCGCCGCCAAAACGUCCUGCGACUGAAGCAUCCUACAGUCACAGCACACAUGUGAACGCAGCACACUACACAGACCAGGACCAGGAUAUGCAAUGUAAGGCAACAGCGGGUGUUAGCAUACGCUCGCCAAUGGGAAUAUUUAUCAGCUCUGAUUCAUCUGCUUCUGAUCUUCAUGGGGUAAGCAAAACAAAAGAUGCAUUAAACCCACACGCAUGUACCGUCUCGGAGAUGGGCUCGUUGUCUUCAGAUCGUGCGGGGUCCGCAGAUUCCAACCUGCAUUUGGGUGAGAUGUUCUCUCCUUCUUCUAAUGCGAAAGAAUCGGAUGGAAAGACAAAACCCAUACUUGUAAGAGAUGGUAGUGCCUCGAUGUCCAAGCUCGUGGAAUCAGUCAUCAACAAGGACGGUUACCUGGCAACCACACGGUCGCCCCAAGCUUCCCCUCUGGUCAUAUCAUCGGAGGGCAACACCAACGAUGGCACUGACCACGGCGCCUACCAGCCAAGUGCAAGCUCGGUACACAAGCGGUUUCCAUCGCGGAAGCCAACCAUACCGUACAGUGUCAGUCUACCACGCAUGAGUGACGGGUUGCAGGAGAUUACACUGCACCGACGGGCUACAGGCGAUAGAUUCGGCCUCACCCUGUCUAAGGUUGCGCAUUGCUUGUAUGUGGUGUGUGUACGGCCGGGCUUUCUGGCCUACCAAGCGGGUAUGCGCUUUGGAGACCAGAUCACGAGUAUAAACGGUGUGGAUACCUUUGACCUCGACGUGCGCGCAGCAACGGACCUGAUCAAUGGAGGCCCGCUGCCCGUAGCACCGGUUUGUGCCAUUCCUCCUAUCACGUCCGCAACAGGAACGGCAAAGAAUGGAAACACUGGUAUCAGCACUGGGAAAGACGGAAACACCACUGACGGGACGGUUAGCAGGAAACACUCUACAGACGGUGUACAAGGCGGAGGCAGGUUAGACAGAAAGCAGUCGCAGGGCGUGAACGUGCUCAUGUUUUCAUCCAAGCCAUCCGACGCGAAGGACCAGACACAGAUCGCACCACCGCAGCUCAGAGGCAUGGCCCUCCCGGAGAAGUCUGGGUACCAGUACUUCAGCCGAAACAACACCUCACAGAUGAAUCUCGGCCCAAGUCCCCGGGCGACAGUGGCGUCUACGGAACCCACCCCAACACACUCUGCGAGCACGUCCCCUAGAUCUGCCCCACCGACUAUAGUGAAAGCGCCGAGUGUUAAGUAUGUGAAGUGUGUGCUGGGUGUGCACUUUCAGCCGGAUGUGCGCACGUGUACAGUGCCACUGUAUAAGACCACGGACAUCGGUAUAAGUGUGAGGAAAGGGUGUGUGAUCAAAGUGCUGCCUGGCUCGCCUGCAGCCACGAGUGGUAUUAUGAAGGGGGACGUGAUCAUCGAUGUGAAUGGCUACUGUGCUAUUGGUAAGCGACGUCAUGAGAUAUAUCACAUGAUCAGCACAAACGACCCCGGGACGAUUGUGAUGAUACAAGUCAUGGCGGAAAGCAAGUUUGGGAUCCUCACGACAGUGAUGGAUCCAAAGUUACUGGGUAAAUUGAUGUCAUAUUAGUAACAAUUACGGAAUAUCUUUGAUGUGUAAAAUAAUACAUAAAUGGAGUGUCUCCGCGAUAUAACCUG